AUCACGGUGUAAUGUCAUGAUAAUUUUUUUUAACGAAAUUUUGACGUUUUUUGAGUUUUCUAUCUGUCAAAUUAUGUGGAAACAGUGACAAUUUAGCUGUAAUUUUUUUUUCCAAUCUUAUAAAAUUAUGUUGUGUUUAAAACGAAAAUUGUGAUAAAUUUUUUUCUGAAUUAAUUAAUUUAGUUGAUCACUGACGUGGUCUGAAUUCCGUGUGGAAAAAAAUGACUGAAUUACCACUUGAACAUGGAAUGGAAUUAUAUGUUCAGGAUGGUGUCUUGCUGAAAUCGGCAUCAGCAAGUCAUUUGAGUGAUGUGAACACAACGGGCACCUUAGGGAUUGUUGAAUAUUUGAAUACAAAUGGAACUAGAUUUAUCGAAUGGAAACGAACCGAUAUAACUGUCGACUCCGAAAUUCAAGAUCAAGAAUGGGCUGUGGUAAACACAAUUGGACAACGUGCUCGAACGUUAAGUGGCAGUUCACAACCAUCCGCCGAACAAACCACCAAACGUGUUAUACGUUUAAAUACACGUGAAAUGAAAAGUUUUCGGCUAGCACGUAACAGUCAUUUAAUAUCAUUUACAAAUAAAGAUGGCUCUCCGCAUAGUUCAUUUUUCUUUCAACAUGGUAACGGAGAUCGAUUUAUAUCAGCCUUAAAAGAGUUAUUGCCCACUAUCCCUUCCAGAAAAGAUCGUAACCUGUAUUUGAUUGUCGAUCAUCCGGAUACACAAGUAUUGGGACGUUCAUUUGCUGAAUUGGAUCUAUUCCCUGGGAAUACAUCAGAUUUUGUUUGGAAGUUUGUGAAAAAUUUCCCUAACCGUCCAUACGAAACUACAAUGGAGGCUUUCUCGAAAUUGACUGAUAUUGUAUACCGUGGUCCAGAUCAACGAUAUAUGGAUGAAGAAGUUGUCGACUUGUUAAAUCGUAGUUUAACAAAUAUUGACGAAACAACGAGUACACAAACACAAGGUGAAUUUGAAGUUGUUGCUCAUGUACCUAAACCGCCACCAUUACCACCUAGACCUGUCCUACCUCGUGGAUGUCCAUUGACCUUGGAACAAUGGCGAUCAUUUCAAGAUGAUGAAGGGCGAAUACAUGAUGUGGAACGAUUGAAAGAGAUUAUUUUUAGAGGGGGUAUAACACAUGCAAUUCGAUACGAAGUUUGGAAAUAUUUAUUAAAUUUUUAUCCAUGGGAUGCAACACAUACGGAAAAAGAACAAUUACAUCGUACGAAAGUUGAAGAAUAUUUUACAAUGAAAUUACAAUGGCGUAGUAUGACUACAACACAAGAGAAUAAUUUCUCUGAUUAUCGUGAUCGUAAAUCGUUAAUUGAGAAAGAUGUAAAUCGUACAGAUCGUACUGUUGAAUUCUUUGCUGGCAAUAAUAAUCCACAUUUACAAUUGUUAUCGGAUAUUUUAAUGACAUAUGUUAUGUAUAAUUUUGAUUUAGGUUAUGUGCAAGGUAUGAGUGAUUUAUUGUCACCGAUUUUAUGUUUAAUGGCUAACGAGGUUGAAGCAUUUUGGUGUUUUACUGGUUUUAUGGAGAAAGUUGGACAUAAUUUUGAUUUAGAUCAAGCAGGAAUGAAAGAACAAUUAAUGCAAUUACAUACAUUAUUAGCGUUUGUUGAUCCAGAGUUAACACGUUACUUGGACGAACAUGAUUCUGGUAAUAUGUUUUUCUGUUUUCGAUGGAUUUUAGUGUUAUUUAAACGUGAAUUUUCACAACAUGACAUAAUGCGAUUGUGGGAAGUACUAUGGACAGAUUUACCAUGUAAAAAUUUUCAUUUAUUAAUAUCAAUUGCAAUAUUAGAUACGGAAAAAGAGAAAUUAAUUGGACGAAAUUUUGGUUUUACUGAAAUUUUAAAGCAUAUAAACGAUUUAUCUCAACACAUUGAAUUACAAUGGAUGAUCGCAAAAGCUGAAGGUAUUUAUCAGCAAAUAAUAACAGCAUCACAUUUAACAAAUGCUGUAAGAAGUAUCUUAGGCGUUGAAUUAGUACCUGAAGAGUUUACAAAUGGUACAUCUAGACCAUCACAUAAAGAUAAUCACGAAGAGACUGAAAAUCAUUUAGACGAAGAACGAUCAACUCAUGAACAAGAAUCAAUUCAAGAAAAUGUUGUUGAAUCUGAAUCUGAAACAAUACGAUUCCAUCCUGAUUCUGAAGUAGCAUUCAAUCGUAGUAUUGACUUAACUUAUUACUAAGUAAUGAGAGGGGAAUUGUUGGUUUUUUUGAUAAUAUUUUUUGAUAUCCUAGUUUAAAGUGAUCACGUUUCUAACGUGCUCGUGUUCGUGCUGAGGUCUUUUUGUGGUAGGUCUUUUAAAAAAAGGUUUUAUAUAAAAGAAAAUCAAAAGU